AGCAGGAGCAAAGGAAUAUAGCUGUUAUAUCUUGAAGUCUGAAUUAGUACUUCUCUCUUUUUUUUGGCACACAAACAUGGUUCUUUAAUAUUAAAUAUGCAAGCUUGGACACACAAGAUAAAUCUAAAAGAUGAGGGAGACAGGGAAGCAUCACCUCAUCUUACUUGAUUUACUACACAUAUAAGUUCUACAUUUACUCCAAUUUACAGUGUUAUUAUCAUUCUUAUUCAUUCCCGGCAUAUAUUGCUUCAUAUAUUUUUCCCAUUUAUUCCAGUGCUUGGAAAAUAAGUUUAUCUUAAAAUUUCUUUCAAUUCACACAAACUCGGGCAUUUUAGCCUCUACGCAUAAAUAGAUAGAACAAAUACAUAUCCCACAACUAACCGUGCACUAAUAAUUAUAUUUUGUUGUUCUAUUUAUGACAAAAACAAUGGAAAACAGUUGUAAAAAUUGGUGGGUAGAUGAUAGAAAGGGUUUGUGAACUAUUGUUGUAUAACAGACAUUUUCAUACCAUCUGGCCUGAAGCAGUCACUAACCCUUUAGAACAAUCCUGAUAUCCUGAUUUCCUCCAGUGAUCAAUCAGGGGUCCUGUGACUGCUUCACUACCCCCCCUCUGAUUGGGAACUCUUAGUCUUUUGUUUCUGCUUUCGUCCAGUAAAAAAAGAGGACAGAUAAGAUAUAGGCAGGUAUUGCAUUUUCUCCUCGAUGCAAGCAUGUUGGAACAGUUGCUUCAGAAACAAAGAUAGAAAUCCUGACUGACUCUGCAGGUAAAGACAAAUUUCUGUACAUUUACUUUGUUUAUUCCUAAGAUGUAACUCAGUUUAUUCCAAGAGUCCAACUGUGAAUUGUUCUUUUUUUAUCUUGCAGGUAUCAUCUGUCUUUUUUUGGUGGCACUCAAGACUUUCUCCAGGUUCUUGCUUUUAUAUGAAAAUUUUCAAGAUACAGAGAAGGACUUUUGCUUCCACAACAAAAAUGUCUUUUUUCUUUGAGCUGCUGAUACUGAUGCUGGUGGUAACCCCCACCAGAGCUCUCCAGCACAUAAAAUUCCCAGACGUAAAAAGAGACGACAGAAACAUUUUCCUGACCAUGGCGUGGCAAGUGGCCAACCACCUGCGCCCAAACUCCAGCUGCUACGUCUGCGGCCUGAUGCCCUACACAGCUGGCGAGGGUUUACCUCUCAUGGUCCUGCCCGCCUCGGACUGCGACACGUGCCACCUGAUGCAUAUUCAUCAGCCCAGCUCCUAUUCUCACCCCGACUGCCCGAGUUUGAAAAUGAGACCACUUGACUGUGCGAGAGGACGUGGAAACUGCAACAGAUGUCUCCAAACCCCCAAACCGGUUCCCAUCUUUGUCCUCCCUCAGAGGUUCACUUGGUGUUUGGAGAACAAUGGCCAUGUUCCAGUGGGACAAUCGGACUGCCUUCGCACGUUUAAGUGGGGCUCAGGACAAAGUGAAAUUGACUGGAAAGCUUUUAAUGCCGCUCCCCAUCAGUGUCUGGAUGCAGCAGGAGCGACUCACAUGAAUGCUUUGGCCUACCGCACAGCCACCUGCUCUGUCUCCUCUCCUGUUGGCAUGUACUGGGUGUGUGGGACCCUCGCUUACCCCUAUCUUCCGGUGGACUACAAUGGACGCUGUGGCCUGGGAUACGUGGUCCCAGCAAUGAGGGUGACGCACUCCCUGCCGCAGAAAACUUUUCUCAAGCGAGCACGGCGUGGAAUUUCCGAUUUUCUCGGAACACACAAUCAGUCGCCUUUUAAAAAUGCUCUUGGCACACUUCUUCCUUUUUACGGAGUCAUGUCUGCUUUAGAUCAGAUUGCUGCUCUGUCCAAGGCUGUAGAAGUGAUAGCUAACGAAACUGGUAAGGCCCUCACACUCAUGUCGAAUGAGCUCGCCUCCGUUAGACUUCUAGCUUUGCAGAACCGAGCCGCCCUGGACUUUCUCUUAGCCGCUCAGGGAGGAACUUGUGCCGUCAUCGGAUCUGAAUGCUGCACUUUUGUUCCUGAUUACAACAUCACAAUCCAUGAAAUAGUCAACCACCUUCAAGAAACAGCGAAAUCCGUUCAUCAGGAAGGAAGCUCCAUGUUUGACUUUUUAAAACAAGUCUUUGAAUCCCUCAGCCAUAAUGUCAUUCAGGUACUUCUUGUUGUGGUUGUUUGCAUCGUCGUGUUGUCGCUCUUUGUGUCAUGUAUGAAAAAAUUCUUGUGCAGGUAAAGGAAAAGGAUAAUAAAAUUCUCACUGUCUUGUGAAAAGAAAUAACUGGUAAUUUGUCAAAUAUUUAGUAUCAAUGUAACUCCUCCCUCUUGCACACAGGGCGUGAUGGGGCCUCUGCUUCUGAGGUUUAGAGACAUAAUCCUGAAAAACUGAAUUAUUUAAGAUGUUUAAUAAAUAUCACAAUUAAACAUGUGACUUUUCAAUAUUUACACUUUUGUAUUAAGAUUGAAGUAUAUAGCAAUUUAGUUGCAACACUUAUAUUGCUUUACUUUUUGUAUUUAGUUGACUUGUCACAGUCAGGUUUUCUGAUGGGUUCCUGUAUGUAUUUUAAUUAUGUAAAAUAUGAAAAAUGUCGUCCACAAUAAAAUAUUUAGCAAGGUACAAGGCAGAGAGCGGAAAAACAGCAAAUUACAUAUUAAUAAAAAUCCACUGGCAAUACACCUUCAAAUUAAAGUUGCUUUUUCUGCUGGACAUGGAAAUAAUUGAUUUUACUUUUUUCUAAAUUAACAUAUAUCACCAUGAAAUUAUGAUUCUAUGUCCACUUUUCUUUGCAAAAUUGGCUGUUAGUAUAAAAAACUAAUAAAUUGUAUGUUUUAAUUGGCAAAAAUAACCACUUUGCAGUAAAUCUACAAUUAGAAGACUUUUGGUAAAAUAUGCAAACACUUCAUUUUGCCAUGUCUUAUUAAAUCAAGCUGAAAAAGGACCAAAGUUCAACUUGAUUUUAUAUAAAGAAAGUAAAAGUUGUUUUUUUUUUUCAUAGAUCCAAAAUAAGACAUUAUUGUAAAACAGCUCAACAGGAAAACAAUUUGACCUAAGCUAAAUUUUAAAAGGUUUUCAUGUACACACAGGGUCUUUCCUGUUAAUCAUGUU